AUGUUUUUUUAUUCCUCAGAGUUGUUUCACGCAGCCGGUCACAACUUGAUAAGUCAUGCUCAUCUUAAUCUACUCUCAUUCUCAACAAAGAUUUUUUCUCAAUUGAUGAGUAUUAUAGACGUUGAUGGUGCUAAAAAUCGUCUUCAAGAAUAUUGUCAACAACGAAAUCUGCCAUUGCCAAUUUACUCUUUGAUAGAAAAAACAGGUCCUGACCAUUCUCCUAUGUUUCAAGUCGAAGUAAUGGUAGAUGGAAUGACAUUUAUUGGUGAUCAGUCUACAAAAAAGCGAGUAGCUGAAAAACUUGCUGCAUUAGAAGCAUUAGAUUAUAUUAAUAAACCUCCAUCCCCUCCAAAAAAGAUUGUUAAUCAACAAACCAAAGAUCCAUUUACAUUGUUUGAAAGCAUGAAUCUUGAGGAUGAAUCAGCAGAAAUUGAAUCAAUGGAAUGUGAUUAA